GCAGGGACUGGCCAAUAAAAGAGAGAAAACACGUAAGCAUCGACGCUGGCUCGGCGCAGGCGGAGGAUGCUCAGUGUGAAGCGGCAUCAUCUCUCAGCACCGCUCAUAUCUUCCAAGCCACCGAGUGGUACUUGGGCCUCUCCCCUGUCCGGACCGCGGCUCUCAUUCAUCCUGCAGCCACACCACUAGCGACACACCACCCGGAGGUGAGGAGGUUGGGGGGGGGGACCUAAUAGUAGAAGGUCAGGAUCCUGUAGUAGGAAGGUCAUCGCCUCAAGAGCAAGAUGUUGGAUCCGUCGUCCAGCGAGGAGGAGUCUGACGGGAUAGUGGAGGAGGAGACCAAGGAGGUUAUGGCCCCCCAAGCCGGAUCCCGCAUCUCCCCGAGCAGGACCAGCGAGAGCUCCGGCGGACUGGCGCCUAGCAGCGGCCGCAGCAGCGCCCGCCCGACCAGCCCGAGCCCGUCGGCCGCCAGCGAGGAGAAGGACGACCUGGAGAAGCUGCAGAGAGAGGAAGAGGAGCGCAAGAAGAAGCUGCAGCUUUAUGUGUUUGUCAUGCGAUGCAUCGCCUAUCCGUUCAAUGCCAAGCAGCCGACAGACAUGGCGAGGCGGCAGCAGAAGAUAACCAAGCAGCAGCUUCAGCAGACUAAGGAUCGCUUCCAGGCCUUCCUAAAUGGAGACACGCAAAUUGUGGCAGAUGAAGCAUUCAUCAACGCUGUGCAGAGCUACUAUGAGGUGUUUCUAAAGAGCGACCGCGUGGCUAAAAUGGUCCAGAGCGGUGGCUUCUCUGCGAGCGACUUCAGGGAAGUGUUCAAGAGGCACAUUGAGAAGCGUGUGCGCAGCCUCCCGGAGAUCGACGGCCUGAGCAAGGAGACGGUGCUCAGCUCCUGGAUGGCCAAAUUUGACACCAUCUACCGCGGUGACGAGGAUCCACGCAAGGCCCAGCAGCGCAUGACGGCCAGCGCCGCCUCUGAGCUCAUCCUGAGCAAGGACCAGCUGUACGAGAUGUUUCAGAAUAUCCUGGGCAUCAAAAAGUUUGAGCACCAGCUGCUUUAUCAAGCCUGUCAGUUGGACAACUUGGAUGAACAGGCUGCACAGAUCAGAAGAGAACUGGAUGGUCGUCUUCAGAUGGCCGACCAGAUUGCACGGGGAGGGAAGUUCCCCAAGUUUGUGUCGAAAGAGAUGGAAGCCAUGUACAUUGAGGAGCUCAAGUCUUCAGUCAAUCAGCUGAUGGCCAAUCUGGAGAGCAUGCCCGUGUCCAAGGGGGGAGAGUUCAAGCUCCAGAAGCUGAAGCGAGGGCACAACACCUCCAUCAUCGACAUGGGCCAGGAGGACGAAAACACGCUGUCCAAGUCUGAUGUGGUCCUGUCGUUCACUUUGGAGGUGGUGAUCACGGAGGUGCAGGGGCUGAAGUCUCUGGCUCCUAACAGGAUUGUUUACUGCACCAUGGAGGUGGAGGGCGGGGAGAAGCUCCAGACUGACCAAGCAGAAGCCUCCAAGCCAACCUGGGGAACCCAGGGGGACUUCACCACCACACACCCCCUACCUGCUGUCAAGGUGAAACUGUUCACAGAGAGCACAGGCGUGUUGGCGCUGGAGGACAAAGAGCUGGGCAGGGUUGUCCUACACCCGACUCCCAACAGCCCCAAGCAGUCCGAGCUGCAUAAGAUGACCGUGACCAAGGCUUGCCCUGACCAAGACCUCAGGAUCAAACUAGCCAUUCGCAUGGACAAACCCCAAAACAUGAAACACUGCGGGUAUCUGUGGGCUUUUGGGAAGAAUGUCUGGAAGCGCUGGAAGAAGCGUUUCUUCGUCCUCGUGCAGGUGAGUCAGUAUACGUUCGCCAUGUGCAGCUACAGAGAGAAGAAAUCAGAACCACAAGAGCUUCUCCAACUGGACGGCUACACUGUGGAUUACAGUGACCCGCAGCCCGGCUUGGACGGCGGCAGGGCUUUCUUCAACGCAGUGAAGGAGGGCGACACCGUCAUCUUCGCCAGCGAUGACGAGCAGGACCGCAUCCUGUGGGUCCAGGCCAUGUAUCGCGCUACCGGCCAGUCCCACAAGCCCGUCCCACCCACUCAGGUCCAGAAACUCAACUCCAAAGGGGGUACCUCGGCCCAAAUGGAUGCUCCCAUCUCUCAGUUCUCUGGACUCAAGGAUGCUGACAGAGCUCAGAAACAUGGCAUGGAUGAGUUUAUCUCCGCUAACCCCUGUAGCUUUGACCACGCCUCGCUUUUUGAGAUGGUGCAGCGGCUCACGUUGGACCACAGGCUCAACGACACCUUCUGCUGUUUGGGAUGGUUCAGUCCGGGCCAGGUGUUCGUCCUGGACGAGUACUGUGCCAGGAACGGCGUCCGUGGUUGUCACAGACAUUUGUGCUACCUGCGUGAUCUGCUGGAGAGGGCAGAGAGCGGUGCUAUUAUCGACCCUACUCUUCUACACUACAGCUUUGCGUUUUGUGCCUCCCACGUGCAUGGGAACAGGUGUGCACAAACCCCUGUUUUUACAAUGUUACUCUGCUUUAAAGUCUCUUACUGUCCUUAUUAUUCAUCCUCCCAUGCGUCCAUUAAAGUCAGAGAGGGCCGCAAUUAUUGGGGGCCGCUGGGCUACGAGGCCCUAACGAGCCCAAACAGCUCCCAAGGGCCAAAUCCUGACACUGGCUCUAAACGAGCGCACCUCAUGUUCAAGUUUAGAAAAAGAAAGGAUUCCAAAGUCUCUCAAGAUGCCAACAGGCCGGACGGGCUGAGCACGGUCAAAGUGGACGAGAAGGAGCGAUUCGAAGACAUAAAGGAGCGGUUGCGCGUGAUAUUGGAAAACCAGAUUGUAAAUUUCAGAUAUUGUUUCCCCUUUGGGCGUCCUGAAGGUGCACUGAAGGCCACUUUAUCUUUGCUGGAAAGGGUUCUGAUGAAGGACAUUGUGACCCCAGUCCCACCGGAAGAAGUCAAAGGGGUAAUCCGCAAAUGUUUGGAGCAGGCUGCUAACCUCAACUACCAGCGGAUUAAAGACUAUGCUAAAAUCGAAGUUGAGAAAGGUCAAAAGGAUCAAAAGGAUCCAGAGAAUGUAGGCCGCUUAGUCACACCUGCCAAGAAGCUGGAGGAAACCAUUCGCAUGGCGGAGUUAGUCAUCGAGGUCCUGCAGCAGAACCAGGAACACCACGCUGAGGCGGCAGUCACAAGUUCUGCGGAUCAAUCGGCGUUUGCGUGGUGGACCGACCUCAUGGUGGAGCACGCCGAGAACUUCCUGGCCCUCUACGCCAUUGACAUGGACGCCGCUCUGGAGAUCCAGUCACCUGAGAGUUGGGACAGUUUCCCACUCUUCCAGCUCCUCAACGAUUUCCUCCGGACGGACUAUCAUCUGUGCAACGGCAAAUUCCACAAGCACCUCCAGGAUCUGUAUGCUCCUCUGGUGGUUAGAUAUGUGGAUCUGAUGGAGUCCUCCAUCGCACAGUCAAUUCACAAGGGCUUUGAGCGAGAGUCCUGGGAGCCUGUAAAGAGUUUAACAAGUAAUCUGCCCAAUGUGAAUCUACCAAAUGUCAACCUCCAAAUUCCCAAAGUACCAAAUCUGCCAGUUCCAGUAGCGGGACUAUCAGUUAACCUUCCGCAAAUGCCUAGCUUUUCUACCCCGUCGUGGAUGGCUGCUAUAUAUGACUCUGACAACGGCUCCGGGACAUCCGAGGACCUGUUCUGGAAGCUGGACGCCCUCCAGACCUUCAUCAGGGACCUCCACUGGCCCGAGGAGGAGUUCGCUAAACACCUGGAGAGCCGCAUCAAGCUCAUGUCCAGCAACAUGAUCGAGAACUGCGUCAAGCGCACGAGGAUGGCGUUCGAGUCCAAACUGACAAAGAGCAGCAAGUCCACAGAUUUCCGCAUUUCUCCAACAUUAUGCACCAUGUUCAACGUGAUGGUGGAUGCUAAGGACCAGUCUGCCAAACUGUGUGCAAUGGAGAUGGGGCAGGAGAAACAGUUCCACUCGCAAAUUGACGAGCUGAUUGAGGAAAGUGUGCGGGACAUGAUCCAGCUCCUGGUUGCAAAGUUUGUUGCCAUUCUGGAGGGCGUAUUGGCAAAGAUAUCCAGAUAUGAUGAAGGCACUCUCUUCUCCUCCUUCCUCUCCUUCACGGUGAAAGCUGCGUCCAAGUAUGUGGACGUACCCAAACCCGGCAUGGACGUGGCCGACGGCUACGUGACCUUUGUGCGCCACUCUCAGGACAUGCUGCGUGAUAAGGUCAAUGAGGAGGUGUAUAUAGAAAGGUUAUUUGAUCAAUGGUACACGGCCACCAUGAACCUGCUGGGCACGUGGCUCACUGAGCGCAUGGACCAGCAGCUGCACGUGUACCAGCUCAAGAUCCUCAUCAGGAUCACCAAGAAAAAGUACCGCGACUUCCGUCUGCAGGGCGUCCUGGACUCCACGCUGAACAGCAAGAUGUACGACACGGUGCGCAACAGGCUGACGGUGGAGGAGGCCACGGCCUCCGUGAGGGAAGGGGGCAUGCAGGGCAUCUCCAUGAAGGACAGCGACGAGGAGGACGAGGACGACGACUAGAAGCCACGCCCCCUUGUCCUUUAAUCCCACGACCUGCCCCUCACUUAAUCACAUUUUGACUUUAGCCUGGUUAACCGAUGCAUGUAUCAACUCAGAUAGCCACUCUAGGACCUCGUUGUCAGCUCCACGUGAAGGUACGAUAAGAAAAACAGUGAAAAAAGAAAAAGAAUAGUGCUUUUACUGAGGAUAAAAAUGUAAAAAAAUAAGCAUUGAUUGGCAGUUUAGCUGUGUCAUCAUCAUUCAUUUGGAAAUCAUGUAUGUGUUACUAAGCAAUAUGGAAGAAGGUGUGUGUCCAAUGCAAACUAUGUAAGUAUGUGACGCUUCUUUGUCCUGCUCAUUCAGCCGCGCGCGCGCGUGCGUGCGGGCGUGUGUGUGUGUGUGUGUGUGCGCGUGUGCUCGCGUGCGUGCAGACCCUCCUCUUUGUCUUGGCUUUGGGAAGCGACGAGAACCCUCAGUGUUUUGUUUGCGUCACCCGAAGUCACGCUUCGACCUUCGACCUCAGCACGAGGGCAUUCUAGAGAUGCAAUAUGCUCCGUUUUUUGAUAACUGGGGGAAGAUUCUAUUUUUCUUUCUGGCGUUUUGAAAAUGAUGUCUCCAAACAGGUUCUAUUUUAAUUGAGUUGCACUUUUACAGAGAUUUAAAAAAAAAAAAAAAAGGAGCGAAAAGAGUUUUUUUAAACAAGAAAUAAGGACAAAAAAAACAACACACCAAAAAAAAAACAGUCGGUCUGUCUUUGUCGUGCGUGUAACCGUGUGGAAUGACAUGUCUGCCAUCUGUUUGUUGUCCUGUAUAUACGAUAUAAAUAUAUAUAUAUAAAUAUUAAAUGCUGUACAUUGCAUUCUGAGCCAUCGCUGCAUGCCUGUGGGUCACAACCCCCUCCCCAACCCGACCCGACACCCCCCCAACACGUUUUAUGUUUUGUGUGUCAGUUAGCUGGUGGAUUCAUUCUUGCUUUUUCUCUUUUUUUUCCUUCUUUUUUUCAGUUGUAACAUGCAAGAGCUGUGGCACUCCAAAUAAAAAUCAUUGUACAUGUG